AGCGCUGAUCUCAUGCCCCGCGCGGCCCCAGAGCGGCGGCACCGGCCCCGGCUUUCGGGAUCGCCUUUGGGAUCGCUUUUGGGAUCGGCCCCGCCGUUUGGGAUCGGCUGUGGGAUCCCCCCCGCCCAGCUUUAGGAUCGGCCGCGGGAUCAGCCCCGGCCUCGGGAUCGGCCCCAGGUCCCCGCGGCCAUGACGCCGUACCGGCAGGAGCUGGAGAAGUACCGCGACAUCGACGAGGACAAGAUCCUGCAGGAGCUGUCCCCGGAGGAGCUGGCGCAGCUGGACGCCGAGCUGGCCGAGAUGGACCCCGAGAACGUGCUGCUGCCCGCGGGGCUGCGCCAGCGCGACCAGACCCACAAGAGCCCCACGGGACCCCUGGACCGGGACGCGCUCCUGCAGCACCUGGAGCGGCAGGCGCUGGAGGCCGAGGAGCGCCAGGACCUCGUGCCCUUCACCGGCGAGAAAAAAGGGAAGCCGUUUGUCCCCAAGGCGGCGGCGCCGGCGCUGCCGCGGGAGGAGCAGGUGACGCUGGAGCCGGAGCUGGAGGAGGCGCUGGCCAACGCCACCGAGGCCGAGAUGUGCGACAUCGCCGCCAUCCUGGGCAUGUACACGCUGAUGAGCAACAAGCAGUACUACGAUGCCAUCUGCAGCGGGAACAUCUGCAACACCGAGGGCAUCAACAGCGUGGUGCAGCCGGACCGGUACCGGCCGGUGCCGGACGAGCCCCCGAACCCCACGGACGUGGCCGAGACGCUGCGGCGGCUGCAGGACAACGACCCCGCGCUGCACGACGUCAACCUCAACAACAUCAAGGACAUCCCUGUCCCCACGCUGGAGGCCAUCUGCGAGGCCAUCAAGACCAACACCCACGUGCGCAGCCUCAGCCUGGUGGCCACGCGCAGCAACGACCUGGUGGCCAACGCGGUGGCCGAGAUGCUGGAGCAGAACCAGAGCCUGCAGAGCCUCAACCUCGAGUCCAACUUCAUCACCAGUGCGGGAAUGCUGCGGCUGCUGGCGGCCAUCGGCCACUGCCCCACGCUGAGCGAGAUCCGCGUGGACAACCAGUGCCAGCGCCUGGGGGACACGGUGGAGAUGGCCAUGGCAGCCACGCUGGAGCAGUGCCCGUCCCUGCUGCGCUUUGGUUACACCUUCACCCUGCAGGGCCCGCGGGCGCGCGCCGCCGCCGCCCUCACCCGCAACAACGAGCUCCGUCGCCAACAGAAGAAAUCCUAAAAAUUUCCUCUGUGCCCGCACCGAGCUCAGGAAUAAAGGGAAUAAAGUGGAAAAAUGGUCCCAAAAAA